AUGCGUGAAGAAGGGUAUUUUAUUUAUUGGAAAUAUGUUCAAAAAUUAGCUAAUAAGCGACUUACUUCUUAUAAGGAAUGUUUAAGCUUACUAUAUCAUAUUCUGGUCUGUGUCCUAUUCAUAUAA